CCGUGACUGCGGUCCGUGUUUACGUGCUAGCGUUGCCUUUGGGUCAUCACCAUUAGACAAAAAAGACUCUGGCGUUAACGCUAUGCAUGCGACAGUGAACAUAUGACGCGUGGUGCUUGCCGACGGGAUUAUGGCUUACAUCUUGGCGCAGGCCUCACGGACAUUUAGCGCGCACGGAACAAGGUGCGCGGAUCGAACGAAUGACACGCAACGUCAUAGCUCCUCUUGGGAAAUAUCAUUGCAAAACGGCACUCUAGUCGAGACGCCGGAUGAAGCCGCCAGCCCGCCUCGUUAACCUAUUGUAGUUCUUCAGAGUUAUAUGGAUAUGGACUCCCCAAGACACCGUUUCAGCGUGGAGACUCUCUGAUGACCGGGCAGAGAAUGGCGCACCUCGUGAGGUUCGUUUUUGUCGUUUUCGUGCUCCUCGCCAUGUGUGUACUGAAGUAUGAAUACAAUAAUCUUUGGACGAAUGCACCGGUGGACUUUCCUAAAGCCAAGAAAUCUCAGAGCGCGGCUCCAUCCCUGCCACAACCGAGUGCGACUGCUGUAACGGGAGGAUCACAUCCGGAGCGAGUUAAGUUGGUGGUGGUGACGUGCAAGGGACUGCUGAACAUGACUGUCACCAACAUCAAGUCGGCAGUGGCCUUCACAACGGUGCCCCUGGAUCUCCUGCUUUUCGCCGACGAUGAGAACAGGGAACCUUUGCGUCAAGCGAUCUCAUCGUGGCCCGAAAGCGUGCUGAAGCGAGUGGAUUACAAGGUGUCACCGGUGAAAUUCCCAGAACCGAAUCCCGAAAAGUGGCAGACCCUCUUCAAGCCCUGUGCCACUCAGCGGCUGUUUCUUCCCAGUAUGCUGCCAGAUGUCGACGCGGUCAUCUACGUGGAUGCUGACGUCCUGUUUCUGAGUCCCAUCGAAGAACUGUGGAAAUACUUCGCAACCAUGAACAGCUCGCACCUAGCAGCAUUGGCCCCAGAGAGUGAAGACUAUGCCACCAACUGGUACCGCCGCUUUGCCAGGCACCCUUUCUACCAACCGCUUGGUGUCAACUCGGGAGUGAUGCUGAUGAACCUGACUCGAAUGAGAGAGUUUGGCUGGGAGAAGCGACUGGGGCCGCUGCUGCAGAAGUACAGCCGCGACAUCUCCUGGGGUGAUCAGGAUCUUCUCAACAUCUUGUUCAGUGCUCACCCAGAACGGCUACUGUUGUUCCCGUGCCGGUGGAACUACCGUACCGACCACUGCAUGUAUGGAGCAUACUGCACUGCCGGACCGCCGGCUGUCAUACAUGGGUCACGCAGGGCUUUCAUCUUGGAGUCGGAGCCAGCAUUUUGGGGGCUUCACCAGGCUAUGGAGCAGUACGAGCUCGGGGAAAGCCUCGAGUACAGCUUUGUCGUCCCUUUCAAGGAUCGACUCCAAAGGAGCCGAAAGACACGCUGUGGACAGGAGUUCCUCAAGCAGGUAGUCCACUGGGAAGCAACAGCACGCACCAUCGACAUUGCUGUCACCAACAGAAGUCAGAAGAAAGAGUCCUGAGAGCAACCAAUGGCUGCAGUAGCGCAACAGUUUUAUUCUAGCGGUAUAUUGUGAGUGCGACACAUAACCACCUCAUCGUCAUCUCUGGAGAUCAUCAUCAUGUGUACAUCUUCAUUUGUAUAGAUCAUCAUCAUCAUCAUCAUCAUCAUCAUCAUCAUCAGAGAGGAUGGCUUCAUCUUCAUUAACGUAGCUGAAGCUCGGCGGGGAUGAAGUGGCUCCUAUAAGUGCAAUGCAGUAUUCCUUCUAGCACUUUGUCAGUUGCCAUGCCUACACAGUUGCUGAGAUAGGCUUGUCAUAAAAGGUGCAUGAUGAUAAAAAAUGCAUACUGCAGUAGCGUGUGUGGGCCGGUACAGGUUCGUAAUAUAAAGUAACGCGGAGAAAUUGGAGGAAAAGAUAAUAAUUGUGGGUGCACAUUGUGUAAAAGUUGCGUUGUUACACCAGCCGCUCCAUACUGUUGCAUCUUGAUUUGUACCAUAUGUGUGAGGUGAAAGUCUGCUUUGUUCAGUACUCACAGAAACCAAGACCAUAGGGAAGUAUUAAUGAACACCAUUUUGUGAUGCCAAAAACAGAUUACAGUCGACAUCCGAUUUCUCGGACGCCCGAAAUUCCGGACAGGCCUGACUUCCCAAACUUACCUAUGACACCGUCAAGUCUCUAUAGAGUCAAUGUAUUAAAAAGUACGAAAUUACGGAUGCUUAGAGCUUUCGCCAUACGAUUUUUUUGGACUUUUUACCUCUAACUGCACACUCAAAGUUCAUAUUGACGCCACCAUUUUGGUUGUUUUGGGACCCUCGAACCCAUCACGUUGUGGCUGCUGCACCCUUGAUACUGAAAAUUUUGCAAUCCAGUGCUCGCCAAUCCAUUGCCAGCUGUAGCCUCUGGCCGUAGCUUAGGUGGCAUGGUGCUGUGCAGCCUGUGCUCCUACAGUGGCAAAAGCUGCGCUUUUGACCUUUGGCCUGCCGUUGGCUUGCUUGGAGACUUGUGGAAGGCGCUAUGCAACAGGUAAUCUGGAACUGUUUUCGCCACACGAGCUUCAUACUGGAUGCCGAGACUGCCAUCUCGCCCGGAGUGGACAUCGUGUGUGACAAACUCCCACCUGCGGACGUUGCCUUCACCGAUCUGCAGAUUGCUAGUGUUUCGUUUUCAGCCGGGAUAACCCUUGAGGGCUUCGGCGGCGCUAACAAAAACUUCUGUCUGUGUGUGGAAUUGACCUAUGGCGAAAUCAUUCGUCAAGUUAGGGAGGAUUCUGACCAAGGCAUUUUUGUUCCGGUUUUCGUUCCAUUCCACAGACAAAAGUCUCAUUUCUGUUUCGGAAUGAAAAAAAAAAUAGCAACUUUCCAUAACAGUUCGUAACGGUUUCAUAAUAAUAAAAACUAACAAAAAACGUAAUCUUGAAAGUACUCACUCAAAACUAAAAAAUGAACUAACAAAGAAAAAAUGUAUUAAUAAAUGUUGGAAUUUUACGUCAGAAAGCCGCAAUAUGAUUAUGAGGGAAGCCGCAAAAAAUUUCGAAGCAAGGCUUGAAGAAAAACUUUAUAGUCAUUUUUCCUGAAGUUUGAAUGCCGAAUUUUUAAGAAGGGGGUACACAAGAUUUCAGAAGCAGCAGGUCAUCGAGCGUACCUCCUGAUAACCGAGACUGCUGCUCAGACAAAGCAAACUUCACUGUCGAAAAUGCCCUCUCCACGCUGACUUGUGUGCUGGUACACCAAGGGCCACUUGUGCUGACAUGUAUAGCUCUGGCUGUUGCUCCUUGGCUCAUCUCAAAAUGUCAACACUUUCGUGAUUCCCGGAAUGCGCGGCUCCUUGUCCAGCAUUUCCAGUCAGCGUGCGAUAUCCACUGAUCCUGGCUCACUUGUCAAAUGUGAUUGAGGGCCAACUACAGCUUUCUUUGUUUUCAAAAAAUGCCAAGAAGGCACCUUCUGCUUCCUCUGAAGUUGGCACAGUGCUUCUCUCUGGAAUGCAACUUCUGCACUUAUUCUACCACAGGCCUGUAAUGCGCUUCCAGGUUUGGCGCAGGUGCAUUCUCGCUCGAUAUUUUUAAACAAGUUUUUAGUGGUUAUUUUCUCAAUUGGAAAUUUGUAGAGCAGGCUCAAUGCUCUUUGUCGAGUGUGAGCAUGAUCUCUGAAGGAGCCCGUCAUCUGAUAUGUGCCCAACUAUUACAAGCAAACUGCAGCGCCGAUAAUGCCUUAUUCACGACGGUUUGUUUGAGAGGCACACGAAAGUCCUCUUGUAAUAGUACAAAUAGCUCUGGUAGGGACUUUUUUUAUCUUUCCGCAAUAUUUCAACAUCUUUACUUUAGGAUAUCUGUCCGAGAUGCGCAUUGAUGUUGUACUGAAUUAUGCCUUGAUGUUCACAUUGCAUGGCCUCAGUUUUUCUGUUUUGUCAGAUUUCCUGUGAACUGAAAAACGAUAACAGACAUUUCAAUUUUACUCCGGAAUGAAAUAAUAAAGUUCCAGUUACGGUUUUCGUUCCAAUCCAAAAUAUCGUUGUUUUUUUUUCGUUUUCGGUUUUCGGUCCGUUCCGGCACUCCAAUUCUGACAACUCUGACACAUAGAUCAAAGAGGCAGCACCCACACAGCCAGAGAGCUCAGAGUUGAUGCAAGCACUGGCACUGUCAUCGGUGUACAGCAAUCACUGUGACGUCAACUGAAAUUGAGGCAGACAUUAUCGGGGGAAGUGGAACGCCGUGGAAACGAAUAUAAGCGACUUUUUUUUUUUUUUUUGGCACCUAAGUGCACAAAUGCAGUAGCGGCGGCCACAGCCACAUCUGAUUCUUUUUCUUUCUUUCUUUCGGCUCUUUUCAGAGCCACUUGAAUGAUGCAUUUGUUGAAUUGAAAUGAGAACCGUUUACUCCUGCUGCAACCCUCUCUAUCAGCGAAAAAUACUGAUUUUUAUAGAGUGUGUUUUUGCUUGCAUUCGUUUUUCUACACUGCCUGAUUUUCCAGAUAUUUCUUGAGAUCUUUUGAAGGCCCGGCAAAUCGGACGUCAACUGUAUUGUAAUAGACACUGAAGGUUUUAUUUUGUAGGCCCACACACGUUUUUAUAGAAAUUCUGCGACAAUUAGGCACCUGUCUUUGCGCCUGGACUCAGGGUUUAAACGGGAAUGCUUACGCGACCAUAAG